UUUGUUUUCUAUAUAGGUUAUGUUUAUUGUAAACAAUGAAAUGCAAACCUGAAUAAUUUAUGUACUCGGGUAAAUUAUUGUUUUUUACGUAUUUUAAAGUUAGGAAACGUGUAGAAGGUAUAAAAUUUAUAAUUGAAAGCUAAAUUUCUAGUCUUUUUACAGCCUUGAAUUAAAUAUUUUAAAAUUACGUGGUGUGAAUAGAUAACUUACCUAAUAAGACAAUGCUAUUCAAAAGUGAAUUUUAAAUAAUAUUCUUUAAGAAAGUCCCAGUAAUUAACUUAGUACUCCAAGUGCCUCAAUACUACCAUUUGCUUCAUAAUCAAAUAUUAAUAGUCCAUUUCUAAGUAGGGUAGUUCUACUGUAGCCUACUUUUUGUUCGUAGUACUCAAAGUGCCUAAAUAGAAUACUAUUACUUGCUUCAUGAUCAAAUAUUAAUAGUCCAUUUCCAAGUAAUUCUACUAUACUUUUUGUUCGUUUACAUAUAUUGCCAGUAAAAUAGAAUAUGGAUAGUUGAAAGUGAUGGCCCAAGCUCAAUUGCCGGUCCCUGUUAUCGGGUCCAUAGUGCAAAUGGAUUGGCACAGUACUGCAGAAGGAGAAACUGUUCUCCAACAUUUCUACAAUCCACAGACUUCAGGAAGAAAGCUUUUUGGUGUUUUGGAGAGACCACCAGUUGCCCCCCACAUUGAAGAGGUUUCUUACAAGUUGUUUUUCGCUGGAAAGGCAGGAGUUGGAAAAACGUCGACAAUUUCCCGUUUAGCUGGAACUCUUCCUUCUGCCAGUUACAUAGAAACAACCGGCAUCCGAAAAACCAACAUCUACUGGCCUGUCAAAAUUUGGGAUAAGAUUAUUCUAUUCCGACUUCAGUGCUGGGAUGCUGGUGAACAUGCCGUUAAAAAAUACGGCCAUAUUUUUCCGUCCUGCAAAUCGAAAUCUGAUGGAGUCGUCAUCAUUUUCUCAUUCAUGGAUGAAAGCAGUUUUGCCGAAGUGCCUAAUAUAAUUUCCAAAGUAACCAAAAAUGAUCAGAGUCCUCCAGCCGUGAUGGUGUUUGGAACCAGAUUCUGCAUGUCUUCAAAAUUAGAGGUUUCACUGAACGAAAUCAAAGAGUUGGAACAGAAGUACCACGUGAACGUGAUGAAAGUGAAUAAAGUGACGUCAGUUUCCCAUGACCGCAACGAGGUGCACAGAACUGCGCCUCUACUCAAUGCUAUUUGUGAAAAACUCUGGAUAAGAGACCAAGAAUAUAUCCUCAAAAACGGUAUGACUGUCUAAACUAAAUUAAGAUUAAGGCAGAAACCAAUCAUGAGUGGUGGAGUCACCAAUCGUUGGUCUGCUCACACUUGAUAGACCCAACUUAUGUAGAUCUACAUCAGUCUGUAGACUCAGCCUACAUGUGUGGUAAAUUUGAAAAAAUGAACCAAACUUGUCUAUUAUUAUUAUUAUUCAAGUAUUAAUUCCAAUUAAUAUGGUUGAUUGAGUAUUACUAUGAUCACUAAGGGCCGGUUUCCGAGCUCGGGAUUUGGCUAAGUUCUAGACUUUAAACAGCUGCAGUAAGAAAAUUGGCUUUCUGAAACGGGGCGUAGUCGUAGUCAUUGUCAAAGUCACGUUUGAAUU